GGGACACCCUCAGAGGGGUGUCUGGGACUUGAGGGAGACAGGCAAACGGACUGAGAGAGAUACCACCAAGGGGAGACAACCUGAAAAUCUAACCAAAAAGGGGACAGGGGCCCAACAGAGACAGCUGAAGCCAACUCCAGGAGAAGCAUCACCGCUGACCAUCCCCAUGGGCAACCAGGGGCCAUGGUUGCAUACGUGUCUCCUCUGGGCCACAGUGUCCAGCCUGCUGGUCCCUCCUGCAGUGACCCAGCAGCUGAGAGGGGCUGGGCUGGGCCUCGGCAAGUGGAAUAACAGCUCAGGCAUCCGGAGGCCCUCAGAGGACAUGUCAGCUGAGGUUGACCACCACAUCCACAGCCAGGAGGGCCAUCGAGGAGAAAGCGACAGAAGCCUUGGAAAAGAGGACAAAGAUCUCUCUAGAGAAUAUGGCCACCAGCUUCAAGGCCACAGGUACCGUAGUCAGGAGGUUGGAGAGGAGAAUGUCUCUGAGGAGGUCUUUAAAGGGCAUGUUGGACAGGGUGGACACAGAGGCCAUGACGAUGAAGAUGUAGGAGACUCAGCCAAGCCUGGGAACCACUUUCCCAGCCACAGGAGCCACAGUCAUGAAGAUGAACAUGAAGAGAGUACCGUCUCCAGCAAGCAUCACCUUCAGGUCCCCAGGCACAUCCACCAAGGCCACAGAGGGGACGACAACGAUGGGGACGAGGAGGAGGAGGGGGAAGAUGGAGAGAAAGAGGCAUCUGGGGAUAGACACCAGGCCCACCAUCACCAGGUCCACUCAAGCGAAGGAGAUGAAGAAGGCUCAGAUGAACGCCAUCAUGUUCACAGCCAUGGGCACCAAGGCCACCACAAAGAUGAAGGUGAUGAUGAUGAUGUCGAUGACCACCAUCAUGCCCACAUUCAGAGACACCAAGGCGAAGAAGAAGAGGAAGAAGAAGGAGAAGAAGGAGAAGAAGGAGGAGAAGGAGGUGACUCCACUGAGUAUGGACACCAUGUUCAUAGAUAUCAGCACCAUGGGGAGGAAGAGUAUGAUGAUUCUGAUGAAAAAAACCAUCAUGUCCUUAGCCAUAGACAGCAAGGCCAAAAGGAGGAGGAAGAAGAAGAGGAGGAGGAGGAGGAGGAGGAGGAGGAGGAGGAGGAGGAGGAAGAGGAGGAGGAAGAGGAAGAAGAGGAGGAGGAGGAGGAGGAGGAGGAGGAGGAGGAGGACUAUCAUGCCCCCAGCCACAGUCACCAAAGUCAUAAAAAAGAGGAAAAUGAUGAUGACGACAACAAUGACGGUGAUGUCAAUGACCACCAUCACACCCCCAAUCAGAGACUCAGAGGCCACAAAGAAAAAGAUGAUGAUGAUGAAGGUGAUGACGCCACUGAGUACGGACACCAGGUCCACAGACGUCAAGGCCGUGGGAAAGAAGAUGAAGAGUCGGAUGAACACCACCACCACGACCCCAGUCAUGGCCACCAAGCUCACCAAGACAAAGAAGAGGAAGAUGAGGCUAUAGCCACUGAACACUGGCACCAGACUCCCAGACAUGUUGACCAUGACAUUGGAAGUGAGAAGCAGAAGGAAGAGGAGGAGGUAACAGUCAAAUUCAGCCACCAUGUUGCAAGUCACCAACCCCAAAUCCACAAGAGUGAGGAAGAGGAUGACUUCCCAGAGGAAUACACAACAGUCCCUGGCCCUCACCACCACAGGGUCUCUGAGGAUGGAGAGGAAGACAACUCUGCUGAGCUUAGCCACAAAGCCUCCAGCCACAGGCCACAAGAUCAACAGACUAGUCAGGGUCACAGAGAGUCUUUCCAAGGUAAGAUUGGCCAUCAGCCCCUGGAGCGUUCGGAAGUUGGGGAUAGACAUCGUUUCAUGGAGGCUGAUUCCGAAGAAGGGAGGAAGGAAGACCACAGCUCCCAGGAGGAGGAGGAGGAGGAGGAGGAGGAGGAGGAGGAGGAUCAGAGAGAAGAAGCCCAACAUGAGGAGGAAGAGGAGGAGGAGAAAGAGGAGGAGACAGAGGAGGAGGUUGUUCAUAGCCUCCCCUUGAGCCAGGAGGAGGAAGAGAGGAAGGAAGAGAGGAAGGCUAAGGUUCAGGCUCCACUGAGCCAUCACAGGGUACAGGAGGAGGAGGAGGAGGACAUCCUGGAGGAAGAUCUGCUCCCCUUCACCAUCAUCCCAAACCCCCUGGCUGGAAGGGAGAUGGCUGGAGAAGGUUCCAGUGAGGAGGACAGCCAUGAGGACACAGGUCCACAGGAUACCCAGGAGUAUGGGAACUACCAGCCGGGGUCCCUGUGUGGCUACUGUUCCUUCUGCAAUCGAUGUACCGAAUGUGAGAGCUGUCACUGUGAUGAGGAACACAUGGGGGAACAUUGUGACCGGUGUCAGCAUUGCCAGUUUUGUUACCUCUGCCCUCUGGUCUGCGAGACCCUCUGCACUCCAGGAAGCUACAUGGACUAUUUCUCCAGCUCCCUGUAUCAAGUCCUGACUGACAUGCUGGAGACUCCAGAACACUGACCUGGUCUGUGACUGAGAGAUGUAUCGUCCCUGACCUUCAGCGCCUUACACAAGCCAUAUUUAUUUCUUUGAAUAAACAUCUUCCCGGAGA